AUGCACAUGGACGUCGAGGAAAAAAAACAGUCUUACGAGAAGCUUUGCAAAACCCUGCGCUAUGAUGCAACCAGAGAGGACAACUACAGAACGGAUGCUCUAACUGUUUUCUCUCAAAUAUCGUUGGGUGGGCGGUCUGGCCCUCCUUAUGCCGAUAUCGACCUUAAUUCGGAGGACAUGGGCUAUUUGAAGAGCCAUGAUAUGUCAAUGGCAUUCAUGGAAACGGACGCAAGUAAGGUAAUAAAUCGAUUGAUGCCCUCCAAGACGAGAUCAAAAAACGCAGCUGAGGAGAUAUCUGAAGUCCCCUCUUCUAGUCAACCAAGUUCGACUACCGCCAGUAUCCGAAUUCUCGAUACUGCGAUAGUUUUCUCUUAUGAACAUUCGGAAGCUGGAGCGGAGGGUUCGGAAUUCAAAUCAACAGAAGAAGAAGAAGAACGUAAAGUUUACCUAGGGCAAUGUCUCAUGUAUUCGGAUGCGGGGUAUCAGAUGUUCCGCUUGCGCCGGGCUUUAGCAGUCUGUGGUACCAGAUCUGCCAGAGUCUGGGCACUUUCUGGACGUUGUGGAUGUAGGACCUUCGCAGUUGAGACCAGUCGUCCUCUUAACAAUACCGGCCCUAUGGUUGCCGCCGAUUUUUUUAGCCAAGUCAAUCUCGACCUCUUUCCCCAUAAUCUCAUCAUUCCAUCACCUUCUACCGGCAGUUUUGCCAUCGAUCAUGGGAAAUGUGGACUUCUCGAGCUUACUGUCUCUCGUGUUUGCGACAGUAUCCUCUGGAGAGCGUACAUCUCAUUGGCCGUUCCUGUCGCACCCAACUUGCCUGGUAUAGUUAAUGUGAUCAACACAAGCAUUGAGAUCUGGAACAUCAAAUAUGUUUACAUGGUCUCCAACAUUGUCGGUAAUACAAUCAAAACUCACCUUAACCUCUGUCCUUUGGUCAAGCACUAG